CUCGCCGAUUCCUCUCUCACCUCUCUCCCUACCAUGAUGCGUACCUCAUCCAUUCGCAGCACAGAUGAUCCCCUCUCCCUCGCAAUGCUCCCCCCAGAGUCGGAGACAGAUGCAGAGCGCGUCGCCAGACUCCAGAGCGAGUCAGACGCACGCCGUAUCUCUGAGCAGAUUGACGAGGAGCUCAGGAUCGAGCGAGAAAGACUCAAGAAAAACAAGAGCGACGUCAAGCUUCUCCUCCUGGGCCAGGCGGAGUCCGGAAAGUCCACCCUCCAGAAGCAAUUUCAGCUCAUGUACUCUCCCGCUUCCCUCGAGAGCGAGCGCAUGUCCUGGCGCACAGUCGUCUAUUUCAACAUCGUUCGCUCCCUGAGGAAGAUCCUGACAACCCUUGAAUCAUGGGAGGAAAAUGAUGAUGCUUCUCCUUCCAGUGUCACCAGCUCUCAGAUCGGUGUUGCCUUAUCUCCCUCUCCUCCCGUUUCGCCGAACGGUACCCGAGCUUCCUCCCCUUCCCGUCUAGGGCUCGCUGCCAUCGCCGAUAUUCGCAGGCGUCUCAUGCCUCUAACUAAUACCGAGGCUCAGCUGGCUGACCGCCUCAGCGGUGGUGUUAAUGUCGCUGGCUCAGGCAAGGGAGAGGUUUUCGUCCGCAGCGGCUGGCAAGCACGUACAAUUCAAAAAGCAUUAUCGGCAGUUGAAGCCGACCCCCUCGCCGACGAUAUCGCCACCAUGCUUAAUCAAUGCCGCGAAGAUAUCAGGACGCUUUGGGAUCACCCCACCGUCAAGGCGCUCAUUGGGACCAGGAAGCUGAAGCUGGACGAGUGGUCGGAGUUCUUCUUGAAUGACAUUGGACGUAUUUCAGCACGGAAUUACGUUCCAACCGUCGAUGAUAUUCUCCACGCUCGUAUCCAGACAAUGGGCGUUGCGGAACACAUCUUUGACGUGGACAUCCAUGGUAAAACUGUGACAUGGCACUUAUAUGACGUGGGUGGUGCGAGGGGCCAACGCCAUUCGUGGGUACCCUACUUUGACGACGCCAACGCCAUUAUCUUUGUCAGCCCCAUCAGCGCAUUUGAUCAGUACCUGGAAGAGGACCCACGAACGAACCGGAUCGACGACUCCUUGCAGCUGUUUACCCAGAUAUGCUCGAAUCCGUUACUGAAGAAGGUUCAUUUGGUAUUGUUUUUGAACAAGACAGAUAUCCUGAGAAAGAAGUUGGAGAGGGGUAUUCCGGUCGCCAAAUACAUUCUUUCCUACGGCGAUCGACCAAACGAAUACGACGCCGUCGUGCAAUACUUCCGUGCACACUUCCUGCAAGUCCACCGCCGGAAUAACGAGAACCGGCGUGUAUUGUACACUCACCUGACCAGCGUCGUGGACACCAAAGCCACUCAGAGUAUCAUAGGCAAUGUUCGCGAUUCGAUAUUCCGAGGAUACUUGCAGUCGGCUGCUCUCGUUUAAUGACAGCUCAAGGAUGAGAUUUACUUUCGCUUGCAGCUUGCUAUUGAUACCACCACAUGUGGAUUCCCAGUGCUUGUAGAACUAUAGUGCAUACCUUUCUUUUGUUGUGUUUCACCACGUCGGCUGGCGAUGACUUGUGAACGUUUUGGUUAGCCCUGUCAGAUUGUUGUAGCUAAUUUAUUUGCAUUGCAAGUAGUGUCGGUAAAGAGUAUACGAUUAUGAUAUUAAUAAUAGUCCUUGCGCCAGUUCACGCGGAUAGUCCC